AAUAUACAACCGUUAGAAACUUCGCACCCACCCAUAUUAUAUAGAUUAGAUACUAUUAGAUGAGAAUGGCGAGACUCAUCACCCAUGAAUCCAAGAGUUGCAUCUUGCAUUAGCUUGUGUUUUUUAAUGGCAACUCGAUGCUUAUUCCAAUUUCAGUUUUCAGACAAGCCUUUAUACAAACAACGCUAGGAUUUGCAAGGGAUUCCAUUCCUCCAAACAUACAAAGACAGACUAUUAUAGCACUCUCUCUCUCUCUCUCUCUCUAAAGUCAGAACAGGAAAACGAUGGGUAGCGAGAACGAACCCGCCAAACUCCUCCUUCCUUACCUUCAAAGAGCUAACGAGUUGCAGAAACACCAACCCAUGGUUGCUUACUACUGUCGAUUAUACGCGAUGGAACGGGGGCUAAAGAUACCUCAGAAGGAGUCUACAAAGAUGAUUAACUCCCUCCUUGUUUCGCUCAUGAAUCAACUUGAAAAGGACAAGAAUUCAAUGAAGUUGGGGCUUGAAGACAACUUGUAUGUGGAUGGAUUUGCCCUAAAUGUUUUUGCAAAGGCAGAUAAGCAAGAUCGGGCUGGGCGAGCUGACCUGAAUACUGCAAAAACCUUUUAUGCUGCUAGCAUCUUCUUCGAGAUUCUUAACCAGUUUGGUGAACUCCAACCUGAUAUAGAACAAAAACAGAAGUAUGCUGUGUGGAAAGCAGCAGACAUAAGGAAAGCAUUGAAAGAGGGGAAGAAGCCUGAACCAGGUCCUCCUGGUGGUGAUAAAGAUUUAACGAUUCCAUCAAGUACCACAAAUGGUGCAUAUGAACUUGGACAUGAAACUCAACAAGCUUACCAUCCAGGAUCAGAAUCUGAUGCAUCUGCUCCUAUACGUUGCGAUGUUGACCACCAACCUUCUGUUAAUUUGACACCAUCUUCCUCUUAUUCAACUGCUGAUCACCUUUCCAAUGAGUACCACCAGCCUCCACCAGUCAUCAGACAAGAAAGUUACAGGCAAAAAAAUUCUUACCCUCAGCCGCCACCACCAGUCAGUAAACAAGAAAAUUCUGCUUACCCCCAGACGCACCACCAAUCCUACCAGCCUGAACCCCGGCAAACAUUUCCUCCGACUUUGCAUGCUGAAACAACGCCAACUCCUGCCCAAACAUUCCAGUAUGACAGCAAUUACGAGCCACAACCUGAAAGGAUUGCUGAGGCACACAAGGCUGCGAGGUUUGCUGUUGGGGCUUUGGCAUUUGAUGAUGUGGCGGUUGCAGUUGACUUCCUCAAAAAAUCACUUGAACUAUUGACAAAUCCAUCAGCGAGCCACUAAGCCUUGCCUUCGGUCUUUAGAAUUGAGUGCUUUCCCGCACUGUUUUCUUUUUUUUUGGAUGGGUUAAUUUUUGUACAGGUUGAUGUAUAAUUGCUGGAAAAUGGUGGGAUGCUACAUCUUCAUUUAUUGGCAUUCUGUUCCUAGAUUUUUACACGACAUGAAUGAAAUACAUGGUUGCUUCUAAAAUUA